GGGCCUGAGCGCGGGGCGGGGCCUGGGCGCAGAGCAGGCGGCGGCGACCAGCCGGAGGAGAAAGAACAUGGCGGGCGCGGCGGGGCCCGGGGCCGGCCCAGCGGCAGCGGGCGGAGAUGGAGACGAUUCGCUGUACCCGAUCGCGGUUUUAAUCGACGAGCUCCGCAAUGAGGACGUGCAGCUCCGUCUCAACAGUAUUAAGAAAUUAUCAACAAUUGCUCUAGCACUUGGAGUAGAAAGGACGAGAACUGAACUGCUGCCAUUCCUCACAGAUACAAUUUAUGAUGAAGAUGAGGUACUGUUAGCCCUUGCUGAGCAGCUGGGAAAUUUCACUGGCCUGGUGGGAGGUCCUGACUUUGCCCACUGUCUGCUGCCUCCUUUGGAAAGUCUGGCAACUGUGGAAGAGACUGUUGUUCGAGACCGGGCUGUGGAGUCCCUGAGGCAAAUCUCCCAGGAGCAUACGCCUAUUGCUCUGGAAGCUCAUUUUGUACCUCUGGUGAAACGCCUAGCGAGUGGAGAUUGGUUCACUUCUCGCACGUCUGCAUGUGGUUUGUUCAGCGUUUGCUAUCCCAGGGCCUCAAAUGCUGUCAAGGCAGAAAUCAGACAGCAUUUCCGUUCCUUGUGCUCAGAUGACACACCAAUGGUACGACGUGCUGCUGCUUCCAAGUUGGGAGAAUUUGCAAAAGUUUUGGAAUUAGACAGUGUGAAAAGUGAAAUUGUUCCAUUGUUCACUAAUCUAGCUUCAGAUGAACAGGAUUCAGUGCGCCUUCUAGCUGUGGAAGCUUGUGUCAGUAUUGCCCAGUUACUGUCUCAGGAUGACCUUGAGGCCUUGGUGAUGCCUAGACUUCGACAAGCAGCAGAAGAUAAAUCUUGGCGAGUUCGCUAUAUGGUAGCUGACAAAUUUUCAGAGCUCCAGAAAGCUGUGGGUCCUAAAAUCACCCUAAAUGACCUCAUCCCCGCCUUUCAGAACCUAGUUAAAGACUGUGAAGCUGAAGUUCGAGCAGCUGCUGCCCACAAAGUAAAAGAACUUUGUGAGAACUUGCCUGUUGAAGGUAGAGAGACCAUAAUUAUGAAUCAAAUUCUGCCCUAUAUAAAGGAAUUAGUAUCUGAUACCAAUCAACAUGUCAAGUCAGCCCUAGCUUCUGUAAUUAUGGGAUUAUCUACCAUUUUGGGCAAAGAAAAUACCAUUGAACAUCUUCUACCUCUUUUUUUAGCUCAGUUAAAGGAUGAGUGUCCUGAAGUUCGUUUGAAUAUCAUCUCCAAUUUGGAUUGUGUAAAUGAAGUGAUUGGAAUCCGUCAGCUCUCUCAGUCUCUUCUUCCUGCCAUAGUGGAGCUGGCUGAAGAUGCCAAGUGGAGGGUCCGGUUGGCCAUCAUUGAGUAUAUGCCGCUGCUGGCAGGCCAGCUGGGUGUGGAAUUCUUUGAUGAAAAGCUGAAUUCUUUAUGUAUGGCCUGGCUUGUGGACCAUGUAUAUGCCAUCCGAGAAGCUGCCACCAACAACCUCAUGAAACUAGUUCAGAAGUUUGGUACAGAGUGGGCCCAAAAUACCAUCGUUCCCAAAGUGUUAGUAAUGGCAAAUGAUCCUAAUUACUUGCAUAGAAUGACCACUUUAUUCUGCAUUAAUGCACUGUCUGAAACCUGUGGUCAGGAAAUAACCACUAAGCAAAUGCUGCCCAUCGUAUUAAAAAUGGCAGGAGACCAAGUAGCAAAUGUUCGUUUCAAUGUGGCCAAAUCUCUACAAAAAAUUGGACCAAUACUAGACACCAAUGCUUUGCAGGGAGAAGUUAAGCCGGUGCUACAGAAAUUAGGUCAAGAUGAAGACAUGGAUGUCAAAUACUUUGCACAGGAAGCUAUAAGUGUUCUUGCGUUGGCAUAAUGAGGAACAGGAGGGAAAAGCCUUUACAAAGUUCUUAUCACAGAUUUCUAGACAUUGUGUUCUUAAACUGGGUGGAGAAACUAUGGAAAACCUUCAAGAUCUCAUCCAAGCAAAUGGCAGCAACUUAGAAGAAAUCAAAUUUCAGUGACUUGAUUCUUUAAAAGAUGAAAUGGGAUUGUUUUUUACUGAUCUUCCUUGUUGGGAUACGUAUUUAAAAGCCAUUCUUAUUAAUCAAUUCCUGACACUUGGUACAGUCAUCUCUUGAUUGUGUCCUAAUGCUUUAUCCGGCACCAACGGGGUUCCUGCAUCCUCACUGUUUAAUCAGGCCCCAGCCACUUAAUAUUCUGGACAGAGCCUGGAUGGGUUUGGAUCCAGAGGUGGAAUGGAGUGAUUCUUUUGAUGUUUACAUAUAUGUGUGUGUGUCUCCAUCAUUCCAUAGUUAAAUGUACAUGUUUAGGAUAACUUCAUAAAUUUUCUAUUUGGGAGAUACAUUGAGACUUGACUAUAGAGAAAACCACAUUUUCCUG